AUGCUGGGGGCCGAUAACGCCUUCCCCCAUGGNCUGCCCGCAUCCCAGCCACUGCCCGCAUCCCAGCCACUGCCCGCAUCCCAACCACUGCCCGCAUCCCAAUCACUGCCCGCAUCCCAGCCCACAUCCCAACCACUGCCUGCAUCCCAACCACUGCCCGCAUCCCAGCCACUGCCCGCAUCCCAAUCACUGCCCGCAUCCCAAUCACUGCCCGCAUCCCAAUCACUGCCUGCAUCCCAACCACUGCCCGCAUCCCAGCCACUGCCCGCAUCCCAGCCACUGCCUGCAUCCCAACCACUGCCCUCAUCCCAGCCCACAUCCCAGUCACUGCCCACAUCCCAACCACGCUGCUCACUGCCCUGUGGCCAUGCUGGGGGCCGAUAACGCCUUCCCCCA